GGGAGGGGAAGAGAGGGAGCUUUUUGCUUCUGGCUCCAGGGAGCUCGGAGGCAGCCGGGGCCGGGAGAGGGGCACGCGGGUCCCCGCGCUUCUCCUCCCGCUGCAGCGCCGCGUUCCGCGCAGGGCUCGGCGAUGCGGGUCGGGCGGAUGGCCCCGCACCUGCGCUCCUCCCUGCGCGCCCCGGUGCUGCCCCGCUCGGCGCUCCUGGAGGGCUGGCUCUUCGCCUCUUCCCACCGGCGGGUGCGCGUUCCGAGAGUUCUGGUGCAAGCGUAGCUCGUGCGCCUCUUAGGACUUCUCCCUCCACCUCCCCCUCCCCCCCUUUCGUUUUCGUUUUUUUUUUUAAAUUUAAUUUAAUUUAAGCUUGGAAACGGGAUCUGAACGAACCCCGGAGGUAACCGAGAGGAACUCAGGAAUGUUAGGAUGGAUGCGCUCUCAAGGAAAGCUUUGCAAAAACUUGGCAUUGCUGCAUCAAGGCUCCUGACUUGGGACCGCUUCCAGGCCUGACAUCUAGCAGCUCUUCCCUAUGGAUGGUAAAUUUAAAGAGGCUGGAGGUGAGGGAGGAAGCAUGGUAAAUGCAGCGUCUCCCCGGGAUCCAUGGGCUCUUUGAGAGAUGAUCAGAGGGAGGCCAGAUGAUCUACAAAACACACACGCCACUGUUGCUUGUCCGCAAAGGCAGCAUCGGAGCGUUCUCCCCAGCCCUGCGCCGCCCGGCUUGCCCGAUCGCUUCCGGAUGUUUCGCAGUUGCGAGUGGGAGGUCCUGGAGCGAUCCCUCAACAUCCUCCAGGCCAGUGACUUCUACUGGGGCCCGCUGUCCGUCGGGGAGGCCCAUGCCAAGCUCCAGCAGGAGCCCGUUGGCACCUACUUGGUGCGGGACAGCUCGCAGGGGAACUGCUUGUUCAGCCUGAGCGUGCGGAUGCCGACGGGGCCCGUCAGCCUCCGCAUCUCUUUCCAAGAGGGCUAUUUCCGUCUGAAGAACUGGUUUUCGGACUGCGUGGUCCGGCUGCUGGAGCUGGUGGUGGCGGGGACCCGCAACAACCCCUUGCACUUUGAUGAGAUGGGGGGAACUCCUCUGGUCUUCUCUGAGCCCCUGUGCCGGAGCCGCCGGGCUGUGCCCACUCUGCGAGAACUGUGCCACCGGUGCCUGGCCGGUCCCACCACUGCCAUGCGGACAUGCCCACAGGAGGCAGCAGUGUCACCCCCGGCUGGGAGCGCUGUCCCCAGCCCCUCUGCAGCCGGCACUGGGAGAUGAUGCUGGGUACGUGGAGGUGAAGGGAUGCAGACAGUCAUACUGGAGGGGCUGGGCUGGCUCCUCGGAGGGGCAGGGUGCCUCUGCCCACUGGCUGCAAAAGCUGUGUCCUCAAACAUACACAACAUGCCUGGCCUUCCCCGAGAUGGCUGGGGUGAAGCCAUGCCUGAAGAGCAGCUCUUCCCACCCCCAAGUUCUGCUCUUGGCUCCAGUCAUAAUAAGCUUAAGAACAGGCCGAGCCGCCUGUCCUGCCAGGUCAGCCCCACUACCCAAAGUGCCUAAGCUGGUUUAUGCUGCCAGUGUGCCUUCGUGAAGCCACAUGGCCCCGCAGUGCUGCAGCCCGGGUAUCAGUGGGCACAGGCCAUGUGCUAACUGGAGACCACAUGGUAACAGAAGACUACAUGGCUGUGCCUGAGCACAAAUGCAAAACCUGCCCCUUCAGUGGUCAGCACUUUCAGAAAGAACGUUGCAGCCAUGUACAAUACGUGCAGCUUGACUGGCUUUUGCAUUGCUUUAUUUGAACAGGUUUUUGGGAGUCCAGAUAAGUUACUUUAUACUAGGGGCAUCAUGCUCCUGUGGAGGCAGCCCUGAGGUUGGUUCUGCAGUAUGCUGCUGCCACCUAUGGGCUGCAAAAAUGUGUUUUGGUUUUGCCUCAAGAAGAGGCAAAGAAUUUUUUAUACAAUGCUUAAAUUUUAAUAAACAUGUUUUUGUACUUAUUUUUGAAA